ACUUAGCCAAUAAUAAUGAAGACAGUAAACAUUUCCCUUCUUCUCCUUCUAUUGGCUACUUUGAAUAUUUCUUCAUCCAUAGCAGGCAACUGGAAUAUACUCAGCCAAAAGCCAAGACAAAAGGGUGCUCUUCUCGAUAUAACACUUAGGAACUAUUGCGAGGCAUGGAGGAUAAACGUCGAGCUAAACAACAUUCGUGAUUUCGUGGUUGUGCCAAAUGAAUGCACUGAUUUUGUAAGGAAGUAUGUGACUUCAAUUCAAUAUGAAAUUGAUUCCCAAAGAGCAAUUGAUGAGGCUACUGUGUUUAUAAGCACCAACAUCGGUUUGAAGAAAGAUGGGAAGGAUGCUUGGAUCUUUGAUAUUGAUGAUACUCUGCUUUCUACAGUUCCUUAUUACAAGAAGCACCAAUUCGGUGGGGAGAAGCUAAACAAGACAGAUUUGGAAGAAUGGAUGAGUAAGGGAAAUGCACCAGCUAUCACAAGCUCAUUGAAGUUAUUCAAUGAUUUGAAAGGAAGAGGAGUGCAGAUCUUCUUGUUGUCUUCUAGGAGAGAAAUUCUAAGAUCAGCCACCAUUGAUAACCUUGUUGAUGUUGGUUACUAUGGUUGGACUAACCUCAUUCUAAGGGGAGAAGGGGACGAAGAUAAGUCGGCUGAAGAGUACAAGACGGGGAUUAGGAAGCAGUUGAAUCGUGUGGGAUAUCGAAUUUGGGGAAUAGUUGGAGACCAAUGGAGUAGUCUUAAUGGAUUUCCAAGUGCAAAGAGAACCUUCAAACUCCCAAAUCCACUCUAUUUUGUUGCUUAGUAUUGUUCUUAUUAUUUCGGGUAAAUAACUUGCAAGAUAUACUUUAAUAUGUUAUAUCUUGAAUGCGAAAUUGAUCUUGUUUUCAUUGUCUAUUGACAUUCAUUGUAAUCUGCAAAGUGCAGUGUUAUUUAUUGUAAGAUGUUUUGAGUUUUGAGACCAUGCCAUCAAUAUUAAUGUUUCCUUUUAA